GGGGAAAAAAUGGCGGACUGUGUUGUUUGGCGACCCCCGUGAAAUGCUUGUUCGACCCCAAAUGGGGUCCCGACCCACAGGUUGAGAACCGCUGCCCUAGCCUGUUAUGAGAACUGAAACACUGACUUUUAAAGAAGAUAAUUUGCUUGCUGAGCAAAGAUAAAGAGAAAAAUCACUACAACAGAGUAUUGUGUGAAGUAGUUGCCUUCCUAAAACAGGACACUCAAUAGGAUGUCCUUCAGAAGUUUCAAACUGCAGCUCCUAUCAUCCCAGGUCAGUGGCUGGGACUUAGGGGAGAUAUGUUUUAAAAUAGGGGCCCCCCAAUCCCCAGUCCGUGGACCGGCUAUGGUCCGCAGCAUGCCAGAAACCGGUCUGCGCAAACAAGCAAAGCCCCAUCUGUGGGAUGCAGGCAGUACAUGAAAUCAGGCCCCCUCUGAUCCACAGAAAAACCUCUCUCCAUAGAACCGGUUCCUGGUGCUCAAAAGGCUAAGGACCUCUGUUCUAAAACAUCCAGAGGCACCAUGGUUCAUGAGAAGUGGGUUUUUUUCCUAGUAAUUGCUGUUCUCUCUCUCCUGGAAAUCCUGCCGCCUCUUAUGAAAGAUAUCCAAAAUAAAUCAGAUGGCUGCAAUUAAUUUCUUCCCUUCCUCAAAAAUCACUUCCUCCACCCAUAUGCAAACAAUCAGGAAAGAAAACUGCUUCUGAGCUGAACAAACUAUAGGACACUGAUCUUGGACUUCUUUUUAUUAUCAGAGAAUUGAGGGUCCAAACAACAAAUAAUUUCUGGCCCAAAAUACAAUAUUAUCAGAGAGUCCUUUGAUGGCUUUUCUUCCAGGAUUAUUUCUUCUUUUUCCACUUUGUAGUCCAAACUAUAAUGGCUGGAUUUCCAAUGCCUAUUCUACUACUCAUCAAGCCAAACUCUGCUUAGCUUUUCUGAGAUCAGACAAGGUCAACUAGGCACUGUUAAUCUGCCAUUAAACCUGCUCUUAAAGGUAUAGCGAUAGAUUAAAUUUGAAAAAUGGCCAUCUUAAAAACAAAGAAACAAAAAUCCUUUAAGAGAAGAUUCCCUAAAACAGAAUUCCACAGCAUUUGGAAAACCAACUGUCUAAUAGAAAUACGAAGGCUUUUUGGAUGAAGCACAAAAAGGGGUACAACAAAAGCAAGGAGUAGGUAACAAACCUCUUCAACAGGUCCAACCAAGCUUCUCACAGCAAGCUCAAAAUGGCGUUAGCCUUUUCGGGGUGCAACCUCAGGGUUACCUGAACCGAGCUCGGUUCACAGAUUAGUUUAUUAGUGUACUACACAAACACGAGGCAACCUGCAUAAACUUAGUAUGCGAAUUAUAUUCCAAUUUAUAUUUCCAACAUGCACAAUAACAGUAUAAUCAAGUAUUGUAGCUAAUCCCUACUGUCUUCUUCCAAGACGCCUCUUUCCGGUGCCCUCACCAAAAUUCACUCUUAAAAACUCUUACCCCCGAAUCCUCUUAAGAGGAUUCCCUAACGAGACGGACGGAUCUAGGACCCUGAAGGCGCUGCCCUUUUCACUCGUUGUCACCUUACUUUCCACUGUGAAGAUUUGCUCGCAGCACCGGGAGUGCUUUUCUGCACAGAAAGCCUCAGUGCUGGCAAUAAAUGAAUAAGCACCCGAGGGUGAAAAAAGAAAAAAGAAAGGUGGGGGGAGAAACUCCCAACAUUUCCAAAAUACCUUCCCGUUGCAAUGCAUCACUGAAGCCAAUUUCUACAUUUUUUGGGAUGAUUAGGGGGAAGGACUUCCCGGGUCAGGAAGAAGUGGCUUCCGGGCAGCUUUGAGCCCCGGCACCUUUUUUUUUUUUUUUUAAAUUUGGAAAUUAUCCGCUGGCAGAAGCUCAAGGGAAAUAGCCUGCGGCAUCCUUGGCCAAAGUUGCAUUACCAGGAUUCCUUAUUUGAAACCAUGGUCGGGAAUCUUACUGGGAUUGGUGUUUAGUGCACGCUGCUGGGCAGAACUUAAUUUCAGUCAGGCUCGACAAAGUUUGAGACGCAAACGACUCGAGGAAUUUCUCCACUUGAUAGUCUCUCCAGUUGGCAGACCAGUUAUUGGAAGCUUCAGCACAAGCCUACAUAAACUCCAAAUCCAAAGAAUGAGGAGGAAAAUAGCAGCAAAGCGGAAUAUGGUAGCCCAGUACUUCCAGUGUCAGACACCAUUCGAACAACGAGUGCAACCAUUGGUGAAAAUGGAAAAAGAACCCGACCCAGCAGGCUCUGAUUCAUUAGGAAUGUCAGAAGCCUCUAUAAAAACAUAUCGUAUUAUACCGGUAGGAACAGGAGGAGGAGGUCUCCGGCUAGUAACACCACAGCAAACCAGGAAUGAACGACCAGAGGCACCCCAACGCUGGGAAAUCCAAGGGCAAGAAUUGCCAACUCCAGAACUUACCCCAGUCCAAUCACCUGCAUGGAGGAAUCUGCAAGUACCAGAACUCACCUUAACAGAAGACAUUGAGACCUACUUGACUACUUUUGAGGAUGUGGCUGAGGCCUGCAAAUGGCCAAGGGAACAGUGGGUCACUCGGUUGGUGCCAGCCCUCAACGGAGCUGCUCUUCAGGCCUACAACAGCUUGGAUCCUAGAGAAAGUGGGGAUUAUGGGAAAGUAAAAGCUGCAAUCUUACGAGAAGAUGCUAUCAGUCUGGAAAGACAGAGGCAGCAUUUCAGGCAUUUCCGUUACCAGGAGGCUGAAGGGCCCCGUGAAGUCUGUUCUCGUCUGCGGGGCCUCUGCCAUCGCUGGCUGGAACCAGAGAGCCGCACCAAGGAACAGAUUGUAGAGUUGUUGAUCCUAGAACAAUUUCUAACUGUCUUGCCUGAGGAAAUGCAGGAAUGGGUUCAGGAAUAUCGUCCAAAGACCUGCAUUCAGGCAGUAACCUUGGCAGAACAUUUUCUUUUGAAGCAGCAAGACAGUGAGAGAUGGGAUCAACAGGUGCUAGGGCCAUAUAUGCUUGAGGAGUCUAUGAAUUUUCCAGAAAGUGAGCAAGUGGUCUCAGAUACCCGGCAGACGGUGCUUUGCAGAGAAAAUAAGGAUGAGCUGAAUGAGAAUGCCUCCUCAGCAGCAGGUGAUGAAAUACAGACUAAAAAUGAGGAAGAGUAUCUGUUACAGGAAAGUUCAAAAAGACAGAGAAAUCGCCUUCUUCCCAAUUUGCAAGCAACUCCCUUUGCUCACCAGACACCCAACAGUCAGCUAGCUUUGAAAAAACAGCCCUUGCACAAACAAGAAGCGCUUUUCCCUUGCCCCGAAUGUGGGAAGAACUUCUCACGUAAAUCCACCCUCACCAGACACCGGAGAGUACACACAGGGGUCAAGCCCCAUCAGUGCACCGAAUGUGGGAAAAGAUUCUUGCACAAAUUCAACCUGGUGAACCACAUGAGGACCCAUGUGCGAGAAGAAUCAAGCCGUUGUUCACUUUGUGGGAAAAAUGCAAAGCGGAAUUCAGUGCAAGGGAGCCAAGAGCGAAAGGCUGGGUGUUGUGAAUGCACAGGCAGUUUGGAACUACAGUACAGUGUGGAGCAGACAGUGCAGGACACGGGUGAAUCCUUUAACUGACUUGAAUCCUAGGGAGAAACAGUAUAGCUGACUUGAACGUGCAAAGAAGUUUUUAGGAAAUAACACUAAAUCAGGGAAAUGUUCUGUGCCCUGGAGUCUUCUAGAAGCUAGAACCAUUUUCUGAGGGCAAGGCAGUUACCCUGAAUAUUAAUCAAAGCAAAAAUGCCUUCGGUAGCUCAGUUCACAUAUUGAAUGUUUUGUUGUUAAUUUCUAAAAUCAUCCAGGGGAAGGGAAGAGGGAAGAGCAACAAAGUUCUAACAUUCAAUGAUAAUAGGAAUAUUUUCUUCUUGACACAACAGUCAGAAAGAAAAGCUAGACAAUCACACAGCCAAAGCUAAUGGAAAUUCAGCCCUAUCCUUCCCCAGAAAUCAAAAUGUGAUUGACCAUAGAAAUGUGCAAAAUACUUCCAGGUCAGUACAUUUUGAUAUCUGAAUAUACUGAAUUUUAAAUGAGUUUCAAGAUUGGGCCAUCUCUUGUAUUCUCAGAAGAGAUGCUCUCAUAUCAGAAUGGAACAUUUAAAGGAUGGAAUGGUUUAAUUUCAAAAUGUUUUGCACAUUCAAUUAAAGAGCAUCUAUUUAAUUAAACUGCUCAGAUACUUGAGGCUCUGAAAUUGGAUAUAGAAUUUAUUUCAUAAAUAUCAAUUUUGCAAAUGUCCCAAACAAUAAAAAUAAAUAAAUCUUGCUUUCAAGUUGAUCAGUCAUGUU